GAGGCUAAUGUCUCUUUCCAUUACACAAAAUGGCGACUGCUGAUUGGAAUCCUUUGGGAGAUCACUACUACAGAAAAUGUGAGGUCUAUGCAAUGGAGUGGUCAGGGGUAGUGGACCUUGCUAAACACACGGUUGCAGCUGCAGCAUAUGGUGGUCCAAUAGCCCUAAUGAAAGAUGAAAGCAAGUUGAACAGAGUGCCAACAAACAUCAAACCAGUAAUUACAGUUUACAAUGCUGCUGGAAAAAUUAUUAAUCAGAUUCGGUGGAAUAGUGGCACAAUUGUCAAAAUGGGCUGGACAAUCAUGGAAGACCUGUUGUUUGUUCAAGAUGAUGGGGUUGUUCUGGUCUAUGAUAUGUUUCUUACCUUCAAACGCACAUUCAGCAUGGGUCAGGAAGCAAAAGAUGUAAAAAUUUUGGAUGCUCGCAUCUUUACAAGCUUUCAAGGAACAGGUGUUGCUAUCAUGACAUCAACUUUUCGAAUUUUCCUCAUCACUAAUUCUGACAGUCCUCGCAUUAUACGAUUAGCUGAAGUUCCUGACCUCAAUACAUUUCCUAGCUGUUGGGACAUAGUUGUAAUGGACAGACAAGUACGGGCUUUGGUAGCAAAGGGCAGAGAGCUGUUCAUUGUUGACCAGGGAGGGCAGUACCAAAAACAGGACCCCCAGAUGGACAGGGAAGAUGUUGGAGAGUACAUUGACAUGGCAGUAUCCUUCAACAACAAAUUUGUUGUUCUUUUCACCAGCACUGGUCAUAUAUGGAUGGGAAUGUCAGACUUGACUACCAAGGUCGGAGAGUUUGACACCAAGUCUGGAUCCAAACCUCAGCACUUUGCCUGGUGUGGCAAUGGUGCGGUAGUAGCUGUGUGGGAGCGCAUUAUGUUAGUAGUGGGACCCCAAAAAUACUGGAUCAAAUAUAACUUUGAGAGCACAGUUCAUUUGAUUCCUGAGGUGGAUGGCUUGCGAAUUAUCAGCAAUGAUACGCAUGAAUUUCUGCAGAGGGUUCCUACGGUGGUGGAGCAAAUAUUCAAAAUAGGAUCUAUGGAACCAGGUGCUAUGCUUUAUGAAGCCAAUAAAGAAUACCAGAAACAACACCAGAAGGCUGAUGAGUAUCUUCGCAUGAUCAUGGAAAAGUUAGAUCUUGCUGUCAACCAGUGUAUCCAGGCUGCAGGGCAUGAAUUUGAACCUGCAAAACAGAAGCAGUUGAUGAGAGCAGCUUCCUUCGGUAAGUGUUUCUUGACUGACUACCGGCCAGAAGCUUUUGUCAACAUGUGUCAGAUGCUUCGUGUUCUGAACCAGGUUCGACAUCAUACGGUCGGCAUACCUCUUACCUAUACGCAACUGGAGCAAUUGUCCAUGCCUGUACUUAUUGAUCGUCUGGUGCUGCGCAAGCUGUUUGGAUUGGCCAUUCUCAUUUGCCAGUAUCUCAGGGUUCCUGAUGCAGAGGGAGAGAAUCGUAUUCGUGCACACUGGGCCUGUUACAAGGUUCAGCAGAAACACAUGGAGGAAGAUCAACUGGCUCGAGUCAUUUCACAAAAGCUGUUGGAGCGGCCCGGUGUCUCAUUCUCAGAUAUUGCUUCUGUUGCUUUGGAACAUGGCCGCAAAGUGCUAGCCGUGAAGCUGCUGGACUUUGAGACACGUGCAUCAGAACAAGUGCCACUUCUUCUAAAGAUGGGUCAACAGGCCCCAGCACUGGCCAAGGCAAUAGAGAGUGGUGACACAGACCUGGUGUACACUGUUCUUUUAAACCUGAGAGAUAAUUUGGAUGCUGCUCAAUUCUACAUGUUGAUUCACACCAUGCCAAUAGCUUUUUCGUUGUAUUUGCAAUACUGUCGACACCAAAACCUACAGAUGGUGGAACAACUUUGGGAGCAAGAAGAUAAUCCAAAUGAAAUCGCCCUUACCAAAAUUGUUCGCUCCUAUACACAAGAUAGCCUAGACCCACGGAUCAAAACACUGGAAGAUGCAGGCAACUGUUUUCAUCGAACAGGAAAUACUUUUGCUGAAAAGCUGACAGAAGAGCAGAUAAAGCUGAUGCGUUAUCAGCGGCGUCUGGAAGAUGAGCUGGGCAGGUCCUUCGCAGACCUUUCCCUGCAUAAGACCAUGUAUGAGCUCACCAAAGAAGGGUCACACCAUCAUGUCGAGAGGCUGCGCAAGGACUUCAAAGUGCCCGACAAAAGAUACUGGUGGAUGAGAGUGUCUGCGUUAGCAGAAGCUGGAGAUUGGGCUGAGCUAGAAAAAUUCUCCAAGAGCAAGAAACCUCCGAUUGGUAUGGAGGCAUUUGUGGAGGUGUGCAUGAAAUAUUACAACAAACAGGAAGCACUGAAAUAUCUGAGCAGAGUGUUGCCUGAACACAAGGUCAAAAGUUUGGUCUGUGUUGGACAGUUUCAAGAGGCUGCAGACCAAGCUGCUGAAAACAAAAAUGAAGAUGAACUUAACUAUGUUCUGGGGAAGGUGAAGGUUGCUGAUAAGCAGCUGGCAGAAACUGUGCGAGGCUAUCUAGCACAGCUCAACACUCGGCGUUAAUUGCAGACACUAACUGGAUGAAUUUUGAACAAAAGAGACAUUCCAUGGUGCAGGAUGUGUUUAGAGUUUUAUCGAUAAAGGGUUAUUUUUUGUGGACAAAGUUGUCUUGAUUGUACAUAUGUGUGUGUGCAUGCAUAAAGUCAUAACAGUGUUUUGAUGCAUGUGUCUGCAUGGAAGCAGAUACUAAUGACAUGCAUGUGUGUGUAAGAGAGAGAGAUGUGCAGGCUUAUCUUUGCAGGUGUACAGUAUUAUGUAUUUAGUGUAAGCAUGUACAUGCAAGUGCAAUAAACUCUACACAGUAUUCAGUGGCA